AUGUCUUCGUCGAAACACUUAUUUCUCAGCGACGAGGAGCUUGGAAAGAAAUAUGACGACCGCAAUCGUCGCGAUUCUAUAUACGGGAUAUCAGCUGCAGGUCUCUGGAGGCGCAUCCCACGACGAAGGCGCAUUGCCUUGGCUAUAGUUGUCACCCUCGUCGUUUUCAUAUUAUGCAGACACAUGCCAACUCGGGCGGGAGACGUUAGUCAAAGAUCGCAGUUAUGGGAUGAUCCAUGGCUGCGCCCAUCCCGUGAUACCAAUAUUGGGCCGGGGCUAGCUGAAAUAGACAACACACCCGAUGAGAAUGGUGUUAAAUAUUAUCGGGGGCCUAUCGAGUUCGAGUCGCUGUUUCAAUCGCUAUACUCAACUCGCAGCUUGAGAGAUGAUGCAGAUCAGGAAACUGUUAUCUUUGCAACCGGGCAGUUGAAGUCACUGGGUGAUAUGCUUCCUGUCGCAUGCAACAUGGCUGCGAGGAAACUGAAUACAGUCCAUCUAGCAAUCAUGGGACGAGAGAAAAUAUCUAUUGCUGAUAUCCAGAGAGCCAAUGGGUUUCGGGAAGAUGAUUGCCCUGUAAUAUGGCAUGAUGCACGACCAAUCCAUGCAUCUUCGUCUAGCCCCUGGCGCCUGGAGUUAAGCGUCAAAGCUGCUGUGGUUCAUAUGUAUAGAAUCCUAGCUCCUCGAGCUUUCAUAACCCGUGAUAUCGAAUUUGAAGAAGCGUUUUUCAUCGACGCAAUUGAGCUUCGAACCUUUCAACUGGGUAUAACGCAUAUUAGCUUACCCAGCUCACUCUCUAAUUUUAAAUGGAUUGCGGAUUUGGAUGCUUUUUCUCUUGAAACUUGGAAUGAUGUACAAACAGAAAUUCUUAUUAAUGUCCAUCCUAACUCUUCGGGGGGCCUUCGGAAGCUGCUUAGGUCUCUCCAAGAGGCAGACUACUUCGGGCCGACACCGGGGCUAACAAUCGAACUGCCAGUUGAUGCUGACCCAACAUUACUCUAUUUUCUCAGUAACUUCCGCUGGCCACCCAAGACACCUCACCGUCAGUUUACUUUGCGUCGAAGAAUCUCGCCCUCUAUCUUAACGUCACAAGAGGCUGCAGUCAGAACAAUCGAUUCGUUUUACCCGAAGAACCCCAACCUUUCCCAUGUUUUGGUAAUUUCUCAGGACACAGAAUUGGCGCCGUCCUUCUUCCAUUUCCUCAAGUAUUCUCUAUUGAAGUAUAAAUACGGCGAUAGCGAAGACUUGCCGGGUCACCUGCUUGGAAUUUCCUUGGAGCUACCCUCCUCUCGUCCAACUGACGGGAAACCGUUCUCUGCACCCAUGAGUGUAUUAAGUUCCAAUCCUUCGAAGGAACAGCCAGCCACGAUUCCAACAUUACUAUGGCAGAUGCCUACCAAUAAUGCUGUUCUGUAUUUCGGAGAUAUGUGGACGGAAUUUCAGUCAUUCCUAUCCCACCGCCUUUCUCCAUCGAUACAAAUGAAAGGGAAAGACGUCAAAAAAGUUAUCACUAAGUCAUACCCUUCAUGGAUGGAUUACAUGCUUGAAUUUAUGCGCACUCGUGAUUACUACCUUGCAUACCCUGCAUUUGCUGCCCAAGACGACCUUGCCAUAGCCACAGUCCACAACGAACUAUACCAACCUCCGGAGGAGUACGACAAUCCAAACCAAAGACAAGUACAGUCGAAAUUUGAAGAAAAGGAUCUCGCCCACUCUUCUUCAACCUUGUCUACAUUAUUAGAUGUAUACCCAGGAAUGUUACCAGAUGUUCGCGAGUUGCCAGUAUUGCCUUACACCGGGGAACUGACAGAUGAUGAAUCCACGAAUGGACGAGAGUCAUUUCUACAAACGUUUCGAAAAGAAAUUGGUGGCUGUGCCAGCAAUGACGAGAAGCCGGAGAGCGUUCCGCUCAAAGCCGAUGAUCUUUUCUGCAUUGGAGAGGAAUCAAUAUCUAAAGGAGAUGUUGAGGUUUCUGUUUAG